AACCUUUCAAGACUCACACAAAACCCACCAACGCCUCUCGCAGCUUGAAUCCAUCACUCAUACAUCUCCCAAGGGUCCAUCUAGCCCGCCCUGUACUGACCUUGCCCGCUCGUCACCCGUUGCGCUUAUGCGUGCUGUUCAAACAACCUUUACUUCCCAGGACUACAUCUCAGACCACCUGUGGAAGGCCUCAGUAAACUGAAAGCCUACCCAAUCGACCAACUAUACAUCUACCGCUACCCACCAACCAACCUCCACGUCAUCAUGCUGUCACAAAUCAUCAAGCCUUCCGCUAUGCGGUCCGUCAAUGUCCUGACACCAGUAACAAAGAUCCGCGUUCAAGCGCGUUACCUGGCCACCGUCCAGUCCAACACCGAACGCAAGAUUCCCUCUCCUCACCGAAAGCCUACCGAAAUCUCUACCGAGAGGGCUACUUUCACAAUCAAGAACGGUCCUAUCUUCUCGGGCAAAUCCUUUGGUGCUAAGGCCAACAUCUCCGGUGAAGCUGUCUUCACCACCUCGCUCGUUGGAUACCCCGAGUCCAUGACCGACCCCUCCUACCGUGGACAGAUCCUCGUCUUCACCCAGCCCUUGAUCGGCAACUACGGCGUGCCCUCCGCUGCCCGCGAUGAGCACGGUCUCCUUCGAUACUUCGAGUCUCCCUACAUCCAGGCCUCCGGUAUUGUUGUUCAGGACUACGCCCUCAAGCACAGCCACUGGACUGCCGUUGAGUCGCUUGCUCAGUGGUGCGCUCGUGAGGGUGUCCCCGCCAUCUCUGGUGUUGACACUCGUGAGGUUGUAACAUACCUCCGUGAGCAGGGUUCUUCCCUCGCUCGUAUCACAAUCGGUGAGGAGUACGAUGCCGAUGAGGACGAGGCCUUCAUCGACCCCGAAGCCAUCAAUCUUGUCCGUCGCGUUUCGACCAAGGCUCCUUUCCACGUUAGCUCGUCCCUCGGCGACAUGCACGUUGCCCUCAUCGACUGCGGUGUCAAGGAGAACAUUCUUCGCAGCCUUGUCUCUCGCGGUGCCAGCGUUACCUGCUUCCCGUACGACUACCCCAUCCAGAAGGUUGCUCACCACUUCGAUGGUGUCUUCAUCUCCAACGGCCCCGGUGACCCAACACACUGCACACAGACCGUGUACAACCUCCGCAAGCUGUUCGAGUCCUCGCAGGUCCCCGUCAUGGGUAUUUGCAUGGGUCACCAGCUGAUCGCUCUCGCUGCUGGUGCUAAGACCAUCAAGCUCAAGUACGGUAACCGUGCUCACAACAUCCCGGCUCUCGACCUGAGCACUGGCAAAUGCCAUAUCACCUCGCAGAACCACGGAUACGCUGUCGACCCCACCACUCUGACCAGCGAGUGGAGAGAGUACUUCACCAACCUCAACGACCAGUCCAACGAGGGUCUGAUUCACAACUCCCGCCCCAUCUUCAGCGCCCAGUUCCACCCCGAAGCCAAGGGCGGACCGCUCGAUUCGGCCUACUUGUUCGACAAGUACAUCGAGAACGUGCAGAAGUACAAGGACCUCCAAUCUACCUUCUCCAACAAGAGCAACAAGCCCAGCGCUGUUCUCGUUGACCUUCUCAGCAAGGAGCGUGUCGGUGUCCACCCUGACCAGCCCGACUUCGAUGUCACCAACAGCCCCGCGCCUUCGGUCGUUGUUGGAGGUGCAAUACCGUCCUACCAGCCCAUCUCUACUGCUGCUUAAGUAGUGAGAUGAGUUCGUUUCCAUGGGCAGUGGGUUUCGGUAGUUCUGGAGUUUUACAUGGGAUGGCUUGGUUGGGAAUUUCAUCUUUCAUCUUGUUUAUCUGGAUGUUGGACAGAGGGCGGGCAAAUUGAGCUGUAGCCUCGUACUUUUCGUAUGUGAAUCGAUACAUCAAAUGACGCGAAACUUUCAACCACCAUGUCGUAGUUGUAGAGUGAGGCGUGAUGUUGGCAGACGCGGUUCACCACUCCAACUCAAAAUGAGGAUGCACGAUAUAGAAGG